GACCGAAGCGGGACCGGGGAGGGCGCCGGGAGGCGGCGGCGGCGGCGGGGAGCGGCCCAGUGGGGCCAGGGCCGGGCCCGAGCGGGAUCCAGCGGGGCCGGGGCUGGGGCCGGGGCGAUGCCGAGCAAGAAGAAGAAAUACAACGCGCGGUUCCCGCCGGCGCGGAUCAAGAAGAUCAUGCAGACGGAUGAGGAGAUUGGGAAGGUGGCAGCUGCUGUCCCCGUCAUCAUCUCCCGGGCGUUGGAGCUUUUCCUGGAGUCGUUGCUGCGGAAGGCCUGUCACGUGACCCAGUCCCGUAACGCCAAGACUAUGACCACCUCCCAUCUGAAGCAAUGCAUUGAGCUGGAGCAGCAAUUCGAUUUCCUGAAGGAUUUGGUGGCGGCGGUGCCCGAUAUGCAGGGGGAGGGCGAGGAACCCCACGGCGAGGGCGAGCGGGGACCCCGAAGGGGUCGCCGCCCAGGUGCCGGUCGGAAGAACGGGGGUCCUGGGGCAAAGGGGAAGGACCCCAAACAGUCAGGAACGGACUCGGAACAGGAGGAGGACUCUGAGGACAGUGACAGUGACGGGGAGGAGGAGACGCUGCAGCCCCCACCCGCCAGACCCCCCCUCAACUUCACCAGCCCCCCAGGGCCCUUCGCACCACUGGGACCCCCCACACUCCCAGGGGGGCUCCCGGGGGGGCUCCCCCCAGCCCCCGGCCCCCCCCGUGCCCCCGAGGAGGAAGAAGAGGAUGAAGACUACGACUCCUAGCACCGCCCCCCCCCCGCCUCCUGGUUUUUGUUGGGGUUUUUUGGGGGGGGGAGGGGGUUGCCCAUUUUCCCAGGAUUUGAACCCAUUUCGGAACCAGGCACCACCUCCCAGUACAGUCUUACUGGAAAUGCUUCGGGGAGGGUGGGGAUGGUACUGGGAGCACUGGGAAACACCCCCCCCGUGUUCGGUUGAGGGCACUGGUGUAAUGAGUUGUGUCCGUUCUCAGGCGGGUGGGGGGGGUGCCUGGGUCCCCCUUUUUUUGGGGGGGGUGGAUGUUAGUUUUGGGGCCCUUUGGUGGCUUUUAACGAGUCGGGGAGUUUUGUAUCGGCUCAAUAAAGUUCCUGUU